AUGUCUCGCCAAUCGAGUGUGUCCUUCCGGAGCGGAGGCAGUCGUGCCUUCAGCACUGCCUCGGCCGUCACCCCGUCUGUCUCCCGCAUCAGCUUUAGCUCCGUAUCCCGGUCUGGGGGUGGUGGUGGUGGCGGCUUUGGCAGGGUCAGCCUUGGUGGGGCUGGUGGAGCAGGUGGCUACGGCACCCGGAGCCUCUACAACCUGGGGGGCUCCAAGAGGAUCUCCAUCAGCGCUAGCGGCGGCGGCUUGAGGAACCGAUUUGGUGCAGGUGCUGGAGGCGGCUAUGGCUUCGGAGGUGGAGCCGGGAGUGGAUUUGGUUUUGGCGGUGGAGCUGGUGGUGGCUUUGGGCUCGGUGGUGGAGCUGGCUUUGGAGGGGGCUUUGGUGGCCCUGGCUUCCCCGUUUGCCCUCCUGGAGGCAUCCAAGAGGUCACGGUCAACCAGAACCUUCUGACUCCCCUCAACCUGCAAAUCGACCCCACCAUCCAGCGGGUGAGGACCGAGGAGCGGGAGCAGAUCAAGACCCUCAACAACAAGUUCGCCUCCUUCAUUGACAAGGUACGGUUCCUGGAGCAGCAGAACAAGGUCCUGGACACCAAGUGGACCCUGCUCCAAGAGCAGGGCAACAAGACCGUGAGGCAGAACCUGGAACCCUUGUUCGAGCAGUACAUCAACAACCUCCGCAGGCAGCUGGACAGCGUCCUUGGGGAGAGAGGCCGCCUGGAUUCGGAGCUAAGGAACAUGCAGGACCUGGUGGAGGACUACAAGAACAAGUAUGAAGAUGAAAUCAACAAGCGUACCACUGCUGAGAACGAGUUUGUGAUGCUGAAGAAGGAUGUGGAUGCCGCCUACAUGAACAAGGUGGAGCUAGAGGCCAAGGUCGAUGCACUGAUGGAUGAGAUCAACUUCCUGAAGCUCUUCUUUGAGGCGGAGCUGGCCCAGAUGCAGACUCAUGUCUCGGACACGUCCGUGGUGCUGUCCAUGGACAACAACCGCAGCCUGGACCUGGACAGCAUCAUCGCCGAGGUCAAGGCCCAGUACGAGGACAUUGCCAACCGCAGCCGGACAGAAGCCGAGUCCUGGUACCAGACCAAGUACGAAGAGCUGCAGCAGACAGCUGGCCGGCAUGGUGACGACCUCCGCAACACCAAGCAUGAAAUAUCCGAGAUGAACCGGAUGAUCCAGAGGCUCAGAGCCGAGAUCGACAAUGUCAAGAAGCAGUGUGCCAACCUGCAGAGCGCCAUCGCUGAUGCUGAGCAGCGUGGGGAGCUGGCCCUCAAGGAUGCCAGAAACAAACUGGCAGAGCUGGAGGAUGCCCUGCAGAAGGCCAAGCAGGACAUGGCGCGGCUGCUGCGUGAGUACCAGGAGCUGAUGAACACCAAGCUGGCCUUGGACGUUGAGAUCGCCACCUACAGGAAGCUGCUGGAGGGCGAGGAGUGCAGACUGAGUGGAGAAGGAGUUGGACCAGUCAAUAUCUCUGUUGUCACAAACAACGUCUCCUCUUCCUACGGCGGUGGCAGUGGCUUUGGGGGUGGCUUUGGUGGAGGUCUUGGCGGAGGUCUUGGCGGAGGCCUUGGCGGAGGUCUUGGUGGAGGUCUUAGCAGCAGUCUUGGUGGAGGUGGAGGCGGGAGCUACUAUUCCAGCAGCAGUGGUGUCGGCCUAGGCGGUGGACUUGGCGCCGGAGGCUCUGGCUUCAGUACAAGCAGUGGCCGAAGCCUGGGAGUGGGCUUUGGCGGUGGCGGCGGCAGCAGCUCCAGCGUCAAAUUUGUCUCCACUACUUCUUCCACCCGAAAGAGCUUCAAGAGUUAA